AAACAACCCACGGAUAUGGCACGCAGGCAACAAAAGCUGAAUAAGCAGCAGCUGCAGGUGGUAAAGGAUCAUUUCCAGGCCUUCCUGAACGGGGACACACAGAUGGUGGUGGAUGAGGCCUUCUGCAACGCCGUGCGCAGCUACUAUGAGGGCUUCCUGAAGAGCGAGCGGGUGUCCAGGAUGGUGCAGAGCGGCGGCUGCUCGGCCUGCGACUUCCGGGAUGUCUUCAAAAAGAACAUUGAGCGGCGGGUGCGCAGCUUGCCCAAAAUCGACGGCCUGAGCAAAGAGACAGUGUUGAGCUCCUGGAUCGCCAAGUAUGACACCAUCUACAGGGGGGAUGAGGACCAGCGGCGCCAGCCCCAGAGGAUGCACCUCAGUGCCGUUUCCGAGAUGAUCCUCAGCAAGGAGCAACUGUACGAGAUGUUCCAGCAGAUUCUGGGCAUCAAGAAGUUUGAGCACCAGCUGCUGUACAACGCCUGUCAGCUGGACAAUGUGGACGAACAGGCAGCCCAGAUCCGCCGGGAGCUGGAUGGAAGACUACAGCUUGCAGAGAAGAUCGCCAGGGAGAGGAAUUACCCCAAGUUUGUGUCUAAAGACAUGGAGACCAUGUACAUCGAGGAGACGCGCUCGUCUGUCAAUCUGCUCAUGGCUAACCUGGAGAGCCUACCUGUGUCCAAGGGAGGCCCCGACUUCAAACAGAAGCUAAAACGCUCCUCCAUGAACAACUCCUUCCUGGACAUGGGCGACGAGACAGAAUUCCUUUCCAAGUCCGACGUGGUCCUCUCCUUCGCACUGGAGAUAGUGAUAGUGGAAGUGCAGGGCCUGAAGUCGGUGGCUCCUAACAGGAUUGUGUACUGCACCAUGGAGGUGGAGGGAGGAGAGAAACUGCAGACAGACCAGGCAGAAGCCUCCAGACCACAGUGGGGCACUCAGGGGGACUUCACUACGACGCACCCGUUACCCAUGGUCAAAGUGAAGCUGUUUACAGAGAGCACGGGGGUACUGGCCCUUGAAGACAAGGAGCUGGGGAGGGUGAUCCUGAACCCCACCACCAACGGACCCAAGCAGGCUGAGCUCCACAAGAUGGUGGUGUCCAAGAACAGUCAGGACGUAGAGCUAAAGAUCCAACUUGCUGUCCGCAUGGACAAACCCCCCAACAUGAAGCACAGCGGGUACCUUUAUGCGUUGGGACAGAGAGUUUGGAAACGUUGGAAAAGAAGAUAUUUCGUUCUUGUCCAGGUCAGCCAAUACACCUUUGCAAUGUGCAGCUAUAGAGAGAAGAAGUCUGAGCCCCAUGAACUGAUGCAACUAGAAGGUUACACUGUGGACUACUCCGACCCCCAGCCUGGUCUCCAGGGUGGUCGAGUGUUCUUCAAUGCGGUCAAGGAGGGUGACCUGGUCGUGUUUGCCAAUGAUGACGAGCAGGACCGGAUGCUGUGGGUUCAGGCCAUGUACCGCGCUACAGGCCAAUCAUACAAACCAAUUCCACCCACCCAGAACUGCAGAGCAGGGAACUCCCAGCCAUUCGCACCAAUCUCACUGCUCAGUCUGGAUUGCUCUCAGAGGCAGGGGGUAGAGGAGUUGAUCUCUGCGGUGCCCUGUCGGUUCGACCACGCCGCCUUAUUCCCUUUUCUGCAGAAACAGACCCUACAGCACCGGAUGAAUGACUCCUUCUCCUGCCUGGGAUGGUUCAGUCCAGGUCAGGUGUUUGUGCUGGAUGAGUACUGCGCCCGAUACGGUGUGAGGGGCUGCCACCGCCACCUCAGCUACCUCCGGGACCUGAUGGAGUACUCUGGGGACAACAUCUUGGUCGACCCCACCCUCCUGCAUUACAGCUAUGCUUUCUGCGCCUCCCACAUUCAUGGCAAUAGGCCGGAUGGAAUGGGCACAGUGACUGAGGAAGAGAGAGAACAGUUUGAGGACAUAAGAGGCCGUCUCCUGAGUCUAUUGGACAACCAGAUCAUCCAUUUUAGGUACUGUUUCCCCUUUGGACGACCAGAUGGGGCCCUUAAAGCGACACUCUCCCUACUAGAAAGGGUUUUGAUGAAGGACAUCACCACACCGGUUCCUCCUGAUGAGAUGAAGAAGGUGGUCCAGAAAUGUUUGGAGAAAGCUGCCCUUGUCAACUACUCCCAGCUGACCGAAUACGCUCAGAUCGAGGGUAUGUGCAGCCCGGCUCACAGGUUGGAGGACAUGAUGCGACUGGGAGAACUUUGUAUUGAGGUCCUGCAGCAGAAUGAUGAGCACCAUUCAGAGGGAAGAGAGGCCUUUUCAUGGUGGCCGGAGAUGAUGGCGGAGCACGCAGAAACGUUCAUGUCUCUCUACACCGUCGACAUGGAUGGUGCGCUGCAAGUCCAGCCCGUUGACUCAUGGGAUAGCUUCCCCUUAUUCCAGCUGCUUAACAACUUCCUGCGAUGUGACCCUCACCUGUGCAAUGGCAUGUUCCACAAGCACCUGCAAGACCUGUUCAUCCCACUGGUGGUGCGCUACAUAGACCUUAUGGAGUCCUCCAUCGCCCAGUCCAUCCACUGCGGCUUCGAGCAGGAAACAUGGCAGUCUGUCAAGACAAUAGCCAACAACCUACCGAGCGUGCCUCUGCCCAAAGUCAAUCUCCCACAGAUGCCCAGGUUCUCAGCACCCUCCUGGAUGGGCCCACUGUGUGACAGCACUAACGGCUCAGAGACCUCCGAGGACCUCUUCUGGAAGUUGGACGCCCUCCAGAUGUUUGUCCUGGACCUGCACUGGUCCGAGCCUGAGUUUGCCAAACAUCUGGAGCAGAGGCUGAAGCUCAUGGCCAGCAACAUGAUGGAGGCCUGUGUCAAAAGAACGAAAGCGGCUUUCGACUCCAAGAUGCAGAAGGCCAGCAAGUCAACGGACUUCCGGGUGUCGUUGUCGGUAUGCACCAUGUUCAAUGUGCUCAUUGACGCCAAGAAGCAGUGCUCCAAACUCUGUGUGCUGGACUCCGGUCUAGAGCAACAGUACCAUUCGAAAAUCGACGACCUGAUCGAUGACACGUUUAAAGACAUGAUUUCCUCCCUGGUCUCAAAGUUUGCUGGACCUCUAGACGCCGUUCUCUCCAAGCUCUCCAGAUAUGACGAAGGGACAUUAUUUUCUUCGAUCUUCUCUUUCACGGUGAAAGCGGCUGCCAAGUAUGUGGAUGUGCCAAAGCCAGGGAUGGACCUGGCUGAUACCUACAUAACGUUUGUGCGGCAGAACCAGGACAUCCUGCGAGACCGCGUCAACGAGGAGAUGUACAUCGAGAAGCUGUUUGACCAAUGGUACACCAGCUCCAUGAAGGCUGUGUGUGUGUGGCUGACAGACAGACUGAACUUGCAGCUUCACAUGUACCAGCUGAAAACACUCAUCAAGAUUGUCAAGAAGACAUACCGAGACUUCCGGCUCCAAGGAGUCCUGGAUGGAACCCUGAACAACAAAAGCUAUGAGACCGUCUACAACCGACUCACCUUGGAGGAGGCUACCGUGGUGGUCAAGGCUGGCGACGGUCUCCAAGGUAUCACCAUGAGAGACAGUGACGAGGAGGAUGGAUGAACUUUGGGAAGUGUGUACUUGUGUGGAAGGGAUGGCGAUUGUGUGUGUGAGACAGAAUGAUAUGGAGGGGUUGGAGAACACACACUAAAGUGUGGGAUGAAUUCAUCCAUCGUUGUGUACCCCCUCUCUCUCUCACCCAUCCCUAGUACAUUAGUGGGUACCUUCCCAGCCAUAAUGACAUGAUGUUAUUUGUACAGUACAGCUCAGUGGUCACCAACUGGUAAUCUUCAGUACCCCUUUGUUUAUUUCAUUUGUUUGUUUGUUAGUUUGUUUUUACUUUAUUUUAAUGGUGAUGUAGACCAAGAAA